GUCUAUCUCAUAUGCAUGCGUCUAUAAUAUUGAUUUACUUCCGUGAAUAAAUUUAGGAGACAAAGAACAAAUUUCUGGAUUUUUCCCUGUUUUACACUCCAACCAAGUACUAAAUGACGAUGUCAGCAAUCCCACCGGGAAAAACACCCAUCAGCUAUCUUCAGGAGCUGUGUACCAAGCGAGGCAUUACUCCGCAGUAUGAUCUCAUUGCUAACGAGGGGGCCGUGCAUGAGCCAACGUUUAUCAUGAGGGUCACUGUUGGCGAGAUCAUCAGCAGUGGCAAAGGUUCCAGCAAGAAGAAGGCAAAGCAUUGUGCUGCCCAGAACGCCCUCAACCAGAUCCAUGGUAUCGCCACCCCAGGGCAGAACGGUUCUGGAGAUGCCUCGGCCACAAGUGUCCCAGCUCCUGUGGAAGGCGAUGGGGUCGGUAACCCGGUUGGAGAGCUUCAAGAACUCACUCAGAAGAAACUGAUGAAACCCCCCAUCUAUGAGUUUACCAGCGAGCAGGGCCCGCCCCAUGCUAGGGAGUUUGUUUGUACUGUGAAACUGGGGAAAAUCCAGGAAAAAGGUUCUGCAAGAUCAAAGAAGUCUGCAAAGCGUAUUGCAUCGCAGAACAUGUUAAACCACAUCCGCGGUCUUGUGGAGGAAGGAGGGAAUGCAGUCAUUGAGGAAGAAGAAGAGGAGGAAAUCCCUCUGAGUGUGGAACCGCUAAAGGCCUCAUACACAGCUCUCAAGGAGGGGAGAGUUAAGGUGCCGGUUCUCACCCCAAAACAGAACAAAGAGAUUCAGAAAUUUUACCAGAAUGUGACCAAGAAGAGUACCAAGCAGCUGAAGAAUCUUCAGGGAAAGCCUCUGAAUGCACCAGCCACAAACUAUUGCCAGAUGCUGCAGGAAAUUGCCGAGGCUCAGAGAUUCGAGGUUGUGUACACUGAUAUACCCGAGCUGAGUGCUUAUGGCAUGCACCAGUGUCUGAUCCAACUGUCCACGAUGCCGGUGGCGGUUUGUCACGGGACAGGACCGACAGUUGAUGAGGCGCAUGCCAACGCGGCCCACAAUUCCCUGCAGUAUCUGAAACUGAUGACCAAGUCGUAGGGUUGACCACCAGGAUGACAUAUAGCCUCACUUUUACAAAUAGCCUCGGAUAGGAAGUGAAUUGAUCGUUUUACAAAAUAUUCCCUGACCCCCUGCAUACAUGUUCUGUUUAAUGUUUCCCCAAAUAGUUAGCUAUGUAGUAGUCAAAACAUAAUUUAAACAAUGCAUGUUCAUAUUGAAAUGCAUGAUUGUCUAACUGUACAAUUGAAAAGUUUUCAAGAUUUGUGUAAUAGUGAAUUGAUUUACCGGGUAGUAGUGUUAAAUAGUCAUUUUCAGGGAUUUUUUAAAAUAAAGCAAUGCUUUUAAAUGGAAAUCAGAGUUUUUACCCUUUUAACUGUUUAAUUGUAAGCUACAUGUAUCUUGGUGCAAAAAAUGCUUUUUCAAAUGUCUUCAAUUUUGAGGUAUAUUGCCAAAUAUGAUCAAAUUCAUGUGAAAAUUAUUAAUGUGAAAUUGCAGUGGACCUUUCCAUUCUCUGGCAUCUAAACAUUGCAUUUCAGGAUUGUUCAUUCAAUAAGAUUUUAUGAGACAAAACUACAUCAAACAACUAAGUCUGCUUUCAAAACCACAGAAUGAGGAAAUCAUUUUUUGGAUCAUCAACUAUUAGUUUUAACCAUUGCUUUUUUGUAGGAAGAAAUAUUCAUAUGAAUGUUGUUUCUGCUUGAGUUUGAGUGUUUGGUGCUAACAGUUACAGAGUAUGAACAGUAGUUUGUAUUCUUUAUGACUGAACACUGUCAAAUGACCUUGAAAACUGAAUCUCAUGUCGUGUCAAAGGUCAAGUCGAAUCCUAUACGUUUUAAUGCCUCAGUAUAGUGUGUAUUAAUUAUGUUGGGUUAUUUAUAGAAAUGUUACCAAUUUGGUAAAAUUAUUGUUUUAUUUUUUUAAAGCUCCAAAAGAACAGUUCAUGUUUAAAAUAUUUGGAAGUCAUAACAUAUACUUCGAAAUAAAAAAAGUGUUGAUUUAAUUAUUUGGUUGAGUUAUUUUAAACCAAAUAUGGUUAAGAUAAUGUGAAUAAUUGUAAAUACUAUUUCUUUUUUGAUGUUGUGACAUUGAAAAUUUCUUGCAAGAAAAAAUCGAAACAUUCAUUUAAUGGUUAUACAACUAUAUGUACGGUUUGUAUAGAAUCAGACUCAAUGUUUGAAAAUAAUUCUCAUAUAUUCUUGCAGGAAAAUUUCAUUGUUUGUUAUGGCAAUUUGUGGGUAGUUUUUGCAUUCCUUCAUUUUGUAUUGCAUGUUCAGUAAUGUUUAUAUGUGCUGUAAUGAAAUAGUUAUGAAAUAUGUCUCGUAAAAAUUGAACGUUUUGAAUU